UUUAUUUAAAAAAAAUAUAGGUAACGGAUACCUUAGGUUUUCUUUAAAUGCUUUCAGAAGUAUCUUAUAGACUUGGUUCUCUACAGUUAGUUUUAUGGAAGGAUUAUAUCUAAUUUGUAUUUUAAAAAUGAUGUAUUCUUAGUUAAUUCAUGCUCAUAUGAUCAUUAAAUAAUAUGUUACUUCGUGCCUGUGGGCAAUUACGAUGUUUUCCUUCCAUGAUUAUAAAGGUUACCGUGGCUAUUUCAUCUCAGUUUGCAGUAGAGUCGGACCUGCUGUUAAUAGUAAUUGGGGAGGGGUAUGGAAACUUGCCUUCCUAGAAAAGUAGCAAAUUUUUUUAUUUUAAGCUAAAAUUUUAAAUAGUUCAUAUUUGCCUUAUUUCCUUUGAAAGCGGCAGGCAUACAUUAAAUCACUUUUAAAGCUGUUUAAUAUAGCAUUUAAGUCUCCUUUCUUCCUCUUUGCCAUGCUAGAGAGAAGUGGGUGAGAAAUUCACUUGUCUAUGGCAGUCCCUGGAUGUGAUAGCCAAGUUAAUCUCUCUUAUCAUAAGUCUCAUUGAUGUUUGCAUAGAAGAGCAGCUGGAAGUCUGCUUUAUGUAUGGCAACCUUUCAUAAAGUUUAUUCUUGGUAAUAAGGCUCCUGGGGUAAGAGCCAGGCUAUUAUAAGAGACAAUCCUCUCUCUGAACAAGAGUAUUUUAUUUUGUCAGCUGGAGUUAGUGUUUGAGUAUCUUGGGCUUGUGACAGUAAGCUGGUGAGUAAGGCAAGCUAUCUUUGAAGGGCAUUUUUUCACUAGCUUGAAAUUAAUGGCUUUUGCUAGAAAUAAAUGAGAAUGCUGCUGUAAGACUUUCAAUGUGAAGAUAAGGGUUACUUAAAUUGUUACCCAUGAAUUGUGAAUUUUCAGUACUUCAAUGAAAGAAGACAAUUAGAUUUUUUUUUAAUAACCUUGAGACUUCAUUGUAUGUCUUCUACUUCUUUGACAUAUUAAAAUUUUCUUGUAGAAAUUUAUAAACAACCAAAAAAUAGGGAACACAUCGUUUAUUUUCCGACUUCUGUUGUGUUAACAUAGUGCUGGGUGUAGAAGUAAACUUCGAUUUGUUAAUUCAAACAGCAUUUAUUGAACAUCUACUACAUUGCUUUAAUGAUACAGCUUCAGUUAUAGCUCUCUUUCUUAAGUGGUGCAACACAUUUAGUAAUUUUAAUUUUGCAGAAUGUGCAUCAUUAAGGAAUAGAAUAAAAAAAGCUGAAAUAGGUGGUUGUUAUUUUUUAUGAUAAUGAUAAAAAAUACUGCUGCCACUUUACCUUUUUGUAACCUGGUGUAAUUACAUAGUAUUUUUAAGCAUUAUCCAAUUUGAGCCUUAGGACACUCAUGCAAAUUACGCCGGGCAGAGGGUGGUACCCCUUAUAGAUUAGAAGCUGAAGUCAAGGUAUAUGAAGGGCUCUGACCACAGUUAUUUGAAGAAGGAAAUCUUGGACUGUUAGAGCCCAGAUUUUCUAGUUGAUUCAAACAACAGGAUCCUUGUAUUGGACUCCUGAAAGAGUCCUGCAGAGUGUUUUUAUUUAUAGUUUAUUUUAGAUGUAAUUUUAAUAAAUUUUAUUUGGUUUCUAACUGGUGGGCAAAUGAAAAUGAUCAACUUAGAACUACCCGUUAGUGGUAGUCAAAUUGCCAGCAGCAGUGAGUGGUAGACAACAACAAAGGGUGAUUGAGAAAAGCUGUGAAGCAGACAUCAGUCAACUAGCACUGGGGUCUGGCACCACGUUGCCAGCAGGUGGAAGGCCCUGAUGUUGUCGUAGCUUCCAAGUAGUCACUUUACUAUAAUAUCAUAUAAUAAUUGUCAUAUAAAGAAUUCUUUAAGAAAAAUGGAUAAGAAGUAAGUUUCAUUAAAAAUGUUUGCUUGCUGCAUUUAUAAAAUUAUCAGAUAUUAGAUUAAUUCUUUAUGAUCUUAGAUAAGUGAAGCAUUGUUGUAUUAACCUCUUGGAAAUCUAAGAUUUGUACUAGUGGUGUUUUAUACUGGGCAAAUUCCUGUGAAUUUUAGUAUGGCAGUCUUAUACUUUCAUCAAUCAGAUAGUCAACUUCGAUCUGAUUUCACUGACAUUCAUUACAACAGCUUUUGUUUCUGGCUGUCUUAAGUAUCAGAGCCACUGUCUCUGAUAUGGAAAAAUAUCUAGCUCUGACUUUGACAAAGGCCAGAGAGGCAGCACUUGAAGGUACUGGUCAGUAGAGGGUGAAUUAGUGGAUAGUGCCCUUGGGAUGCUCGUUGAGACCUGACAAUCUGAAGGAGGCAGAUAAGAACAUUCUUCAAGGCAAACUCUGGCCUGUUCUAUUCUGACUGCACUAUUGAGUGAAUUUUCAAGUUCAAGCAAAACUAGCAACAUUGGAUUGAGCAUGGAAUUCCAUGGUAACUGCAAAAGAGUUUUUCAGGAAGAAGACCUUCGUCAGAUCUUCAUGUUAACUGUUGAAGUUCUGCAGGAGUUCAGCAGGCGGGAAAACCUCAAUGCUCAGAUGUCUUCAGUAUUUCAGCGUUACCUUGCACUCGCCAAUCAAGUCUUGAGCUGGAACUUUCUUCCUCCAAAUUUGGGCAGACAUUAUAUAGCUAUGUUUGAAUCCUCGCAAAAUGUGCUGUUGAAGCCAACAGAGUCCUGGCGGGAGACUCUUCUGGACAGCAGAGUUAUGGAACUUUUCUUCACAGUACAUCGAAAAAUCAGAGAAGAUUCAGAUAUGGCACAAGAUUCUCUGCAGUGCCUUGCCCAGUUAGCUUCUCUUCAUGGACCCAUCUUCCCUGAUGAAGGAUCACAAGUUGAUUAUCUAGCACACUUCAUUGAGGGAUUACUGAAUACUAUCAAUGGAAUUGAAAUAGAAGAUUCUGAAGCUGUGGGAAUCUCCAGCAUUAUCAGCAACCUGAUAACCGUGUUCCCACGAAAUGUUUUAACUGCCAUUCCAAGUGAACUUUUCUCCUCCUUCGUUAACUGCCUCACACACCUCACUUGUUCUUUUGGGCGAAGUGCUGCAUUGGAAGAAGUGCUUGAUAAAGAUGACAUGGUAUACAUGGAAGCAUAUGAUAAAUUGUUGGAGUCCUGGCUAACUUUGGUUCAAGAUGACAAACAUUUCCAUAAAGGCUUUUUUACGCAACAUGCAGUUCAAGUUUUCAAUUCCUAUAUUCAGUGCCACCUAGCUGCUCCAGAUGGCACAAGGAAUUUGACUGCCAAUGGUGUGGCCUCUCGUGAGGAGGAAGAAAUAAGUGAACUUCAAGAGGAUGAUCGAGACCAGUUUUCUGAUCAACUGGCCAGUGUAGGAAUGCUAGGAAGAAUUGCUGCAGAACACUGUAUACCUCUUCUGACAAGUUUAUUAGAAGAAAGAGUAACAAGGCUCCAUGGUCAAUUACAACAACAUCAGCAACAAUUACUUGCUUCACCGGGUUCAAGCACUAUUGACAACAAAAUGCUUGAUGAUCUCUAUGAAGAUAUUCACUGGCUUAUUUUAGUUACAGGCUACCUCUUAGCUGAUGAUACUCAGGGAGAGACUCCGCUAAUACCUCCAGAAAUAAUGGAAUAUUCCAUUAAGCAUUCAUCUGAAGUUGACAUUAAUACAACACUUCAAAUUUUGGGAUCUCCAGGAGAAAAGGCUUCUUCCAUCCCAGGGUACAACAGAACAGAUUCUGUGAUUAGGCUGUUGUCUGCCAUUCUCAGAGUUUCAGAAGUCGAAUCUCGAGCAAUAAGAGCAGAUCUCACUCACCUACUAAGUCCCCAGAUGGGCAAAGAUAUUGUUUGGUUUUUAAAACGCUGGGCGAAGACUUACCUCCUGGUGGAUGAAAAACUGUAUGAUCAGAUAAGUCUGCCAUUCAGUACGGCGUUUGGAGCAGAUACAGAGGGUUCUCAGUGGAUAAUUGGCUACCUCUUACAAAAAGUCAUCAGUAACCUCUCAGUCUGGAGUAGUGAGCAGGACCUUGCGAAUGACACUGUGCAGCUCCUUGUCACUUUGGUGGAAAGAAGAGAAAGGGCAAACUUAGUAAUUCAGUGUGAGAACUGGUGGAACUUAGCUAAGCAGUUUGCAAGCCGAAGCCCACCUCUUAAUUUCUUGUCAAGUCCUGUGCAGAGGACAUUGAUGAAGGCUCUAGUCUUAGGAGGUUUUGCACAUAUGGACACAGAAACCAAACAGCAGUAUUGGACAGAGGUUCUUCAGCCACUUCAGCAGCGAUUCUUAAGAGUGAUAAACCAAGAAAACUUCCAGCAGAUGUGUCAGCAAGAGGAAGUGAAGCAGGAAAUCACUGCCACACUGGAGGCCCUGUGUGGCAUUGCUGAGGCUACCCAGAUUGACAACGUAGCUAUUCUGUUUAAUUUUUUAAUGGACUUUCUUACCAAUUGCAUUGGGUUGAUGGAAGUUUACAAAAAUACCCCAGAGACUGUCAAUCUUAUUAUAGAAGUUUUUGUUGAAGUUGCACAUAAACAGAUAUGCUAUCUUGGAGAGUCCAAAGCUAUGAACUUAUAUGAAGCCUGCCUUACUUUGUUGCAAGUGUAUUCUAAGAAUAAUUUAGGGCGGCAAAGAAUAGAUGUUACAGCGGAAGAAGAGCAAUACCAAGACCUGCUUCUCAUCAUGGAACUUCUUACUAACCUGCUGUCAAAAGAAUUCAUAGAUUUCAGUGAUACAGAUGAAGUGUUUAGAGGACAUGAGCCAGGUCAAGCAGCAAACAGAUCUGUGUCAGCAGCAGAUGUUGUGUUGUAUGGAGUAAACCUAAUUCUGCCCUUGAUGUCACAGGAUCUCUUGAAGUUUCCAACCCUUUGUAAUCAAUACUACAAAUUAAUCACAUUUAUCUGUGAGAUUUUUCCUGAAAAAAUACCACAGCUUCCUGAGGAUCUGUUUAAAAGUCUGAUGUACUCCCUAGAAUUAGGAAUGACAUCAAUGAGUUCGGAGGUUUGCCAGCUUUGCCUGGAGGCCUUGACACCGUUAGCUGAACAGUGUGCAAAAGCACAAGAAACAGAUUCACCACUUUUUCUAGCAACACGGCACUUUCUUAAGCUGGUUUUUGAUAUGCUGGUUUUGCAAAAGCACAACACAGAGAUGACCACUGCGGCUGGCGAAGCUUUCUACACGUUGGUGUGUUUGCACCAGGCUGAAUAUUCUGAACUGGUCGAAACAUUACUGUCAAGUCAGCAAGACCCAGUUAUUUACCAGAGAUUAGCAGAUGCCUUCAACAAGCUCACUGCAAGCAGCACUCCUCCAACGCUGGAUCGGAAGCAGAAGAUGGCCUUCUUAAAGAGUUUAGAAGAAUUUAUGGCAAAUGUUGGUGGUCUCCUUUGUGUAAAAUAAACAACAGAACUUUAUGCUUAAUUUAGAUCCUUUCUGCAAAGUGCACUGAAUUGCUGAAAGUUGACUUGAGUCUUGUCCUGUUCCUCAGUUCAUUUGGCCAUUUUGGAUUUUGGAGAGCCGGAAACUUUGAUAUGUAUGUAUGUAUGCAAUGCAGUGAAACAGGAGAGGCCAACUUGGAAUCAGCUUUUGCUGUUAAGUGUUAGCCACAAACUGUCAUACAUAUGUCUUUUAGAUUUUGAAUGGUGAUUUAAAAUUUUCAAAAUGAAAUUCCAUAUAUGUGCAAACAGAUAUGGGCACCAUGAAAUACAUAUGCAGUGCCUUUUUUCCUUUUAACAUAGGUGGCUAGCCAAAGUUUAGAAUUUUUGUCAUUAAAUAUUAAAUGGAUAUAUGCUAGGCAGUGUUUCUGAAAAUCUCCAUAGAGCGCCUGCAUCACUUGAGGAGCUGGUAAAAAGGUAAAUUCUUAGGCCCAACUGUAGACCUUCAGAGUCAGAAGGUCUGGUUGUUGGGCCUGGGACUUUUCAUGUUAAUAAGCUUCUCCCUUCCAUCACCCCAAAAGUUUGAAAUCAAUGAAAGAAACAUUGAAAACUCUUAAGAGGUUUUGUGCUUUCUAGCUUUUCCUCCCUUUGAUGAUUAGGUUUGUAAUUCAGCAGGAAGGGAAAACAUCACCAGGGGUUUGUUGGCUUUUUCUUAUCUUUCUUGCUUGUUUGCUUGCUUUCUUGCUUUUCUUGCCUUCUCUCUCUGUCUGUCUCUCUUUCUUUUCUUUCUCUCUCUCUUACAUCAACCCAGUGUUGCAGGUUUUGUGUAAUACAAGUCACUAGUCAUACUCUGAUGCCUGAACUUGAGGAAUAUAUACAAGUAUAUUUUUGUUCCAUAAAAAUAACCUUAGGAACUGUAGCCAUUUCAUUGCCUUAAUUUUAAGAGGAAAAUACAAAAACCGCUGAUUUGUUUUAGUAAGAAACCAAGUCCUGAUGCCUCAGAGUUGGUUUAGGGUGUUAGCUGCUAUGAAUCUGUGCCCCUUCCAAUCGUGUAUUUAUGUAGGUUUAUCAGUGAAAUGAAAGGCUUGUUCCUGUCUAGUCUUAACUUUUUGAGUGUGUUUCUAUCCAGCCACAUAGCCCAUAUCUACUCUAAAUGGCUUGCUUAAGCAAUAAUUAUUUUAAAGGAUGUGAAUUACUGAUUCACACAGACUAUUGCACGUUGGGGCAUUAGGGGCAAUAAUUCUUCUCCAGUCAUGGGAGCCACGUGAAUUUAAUUUUAGAGAUUAAAAAUUCACUUUAGAUCCUCUACUUUGAUCUUUUAAUCAGGAUUUUUAUACAGCUGCCAUGCUCCCCUAAUUCAGUGUGCCAGCUUAAAUUAUGGAAAUAAAAGCUAAUUUAUAAACAGCGGCAUAUGAAACUCCACCUACUGCAAUACUUUCACAACACAGUGACAGGUAGAGGACUCUGGCACAGGUGCACUCAUGAAAAUCGGCUUCCACCAUGUUCCUGACACCUACCUGCUAAACCAUGUUGCACAUGCAGUUUUUAUACCUGAUUGCACAUAGCAUAUAUGUCAUUACAUGUGAUGCUGUGCAAAACUGUAUAACUCUGUGCUAUCAACAGUUAACAAAACUGGAGCAUCUAAAUUACAUCCAAACUGUGCAUGUGAUGUUAGGUAGAUGUGAAUGCAGGACCUUGGGCCAUAACUUUUUGAGGAACAUGUCUCUCAAUCUGAUCACUAUUGAGUCACAAUUAAGGGGAAGCAAAAACAUUUUGAAUGACUGCUGGGAAGGAAGUUAAUACCAGUCUUCACGAAGUACACGUUUCUAUAUUUUAAAAAAUACUUUGAAUGAUGCAUUUAUUUUUAGAUGUUUUUUUUUUCCCCUUAAAAAACUUGAAGUGAUAUGCAGCAGUAAUCUAUUUGUUUUGCAUUGUUCUUAGUGUUUUGUGUGUCUCAGCUCCCUCAAGCUUUCUCAGCUGUUGUGAAUUAUAUAUAUCUGUGUGUGUGGUGAGUACAGUCUCUUUUCCAAAGGGCACUGAAACACACAAUUGACUGGACAGGUCCACACGCCAUGAGAAAACUAUAAUCAAGUUAUUAAAAAUAAAGAUGAGUGGCAAAGGAAUGCCUUGGUAAGUAAAAAGUCAUCUGUAUUUAAUAGUUUUUAUUCAGAUGGCAACAUAUUUGCAAAAUUUGCCCAGAUCCUAUUACAAAACUAAAAAUAGAAAAUUUCAUCUCCAUAUUCCUGAGGCGUAAUUUCAUUAGACCAGUUUUAGUUAAAAAAGACCUUCUUCAGAUUGGACCAAAUAACACUUAACGAGAUCACCAGAAUGUUGAAUGUUGGCACACUGGGGUGGGGAGAAGCCACUACCAUUUUUUAGGUGAUGGGGAUGCCACUGAGUUGCAAUGGCUGGACCUUUUCAGGGUGUUUGUGUGCAUGUUUGCCUGAUUGGAUGUUUGUUCACGUUGUGUCUUUUAUUUUGUCCAGUUUUGCCUUUAGCUAUGUUUAUUAACUUCUCUCAUCUUGUUUUGUUUUAAUGCUCUUGGCCCAGUGGGUAUCAAGAACACUGGCUUAAUUCUAAUCAGUUGAUUUUUUUUUUUUUUUUCUAUUAAAACUGACUGUUAAGUUGUUAAAACAUUUUUUAAAACAAAAACAUUAUUUGUGCCCUCUUUUAUAUAUGUUAAAGGGACACUGUCAAGUAUUUCAUUUUUAAAUUUUUGUUUUAUAAAAUUUCUGUGGUUCAUGUAGUAUCCUUUAACCUCUAGUUUUCCAGACAUUCUUCGUUUAUUUCUUAUUUUAUUUUCCGUGACCCAUUUGUUUCCCAAGGCACAAUUACUAUAAAGACCUUGUACGUCCACAGUCUGAUAAUGUAGUAGCACCUGUAACUGUGUUUUUGUUCUGUUAAAAAGAUUAAUUUGCUUUUAUGAUCCUUGGGCUGGAUGGGUGGCUGCCUCAGAAGCAAAAUUACUUGACAGUAUUUGACAGUGUCCUUUCCACCACUGUCAUUUCGGUCUUUCAGGCUGGCCAUCUCUGUUGGAAGACAGCUGCAUCGAGUUUUUGUCUGGUGUAAAGUGUGACAUUUAAUGUAAACAAACUGCAGGUUUUUUUCAAACUAAUUUUAAGAAUUUAGUCUUAUUUCAUUGUAAACUGUGUAAUUAUAUUACAUUACUUUGUUAGAUGAGAUGGUUACUACUAUUUUUCCACGAUUUUCAUUUCAAAAGCAAGUGUCUAUAUAAUUUCCCCCCAGUCAGCAUUAUUUAACCCUCCCCUUAACUGUCCUUGAACUUUCUCUUUUACCAAAAAUGUCAGGUCUUUAUAGUUGUUAAUCACCAUGUUUCCCAUUUCUGUUAAUACUUCUAUGAACCCCUCAAGUAUUAAAGGGAACUAGCUAUAAGCUUCAAGAAUUACAAGUUUGAGUCUCCUAGUAAUCAGCAUCAUUCUGAACCCUGAAAUGUUAUUUUUUUCUGUUAGAAUUUUUAUCUGUUUGCCAUCUCUGUUGUUAGAGAUGGUUGUCAAUAGACCUUACUAAGUUAGCUGUCUUUGAUGAGGAAUUAUUGUUAUUGGUUCCUGAAUAAAAUAUUAACCUUUUAAGUCAGAAGAAACCUUAGUACUUCUUAGGGUUUUGGUUUUUUUUUUUUUUUUUUUUUUUAAACCAGAGAAUAAGGAACUGAUUUGGAUAUUAGGUUUAACAGUUUUCCCACAAAACAACAUAGCUGAUUUGAGGAUAAAAUGUUUUAAAUUAUUUUUAAAUGUAAGUGGAUAUUCUCUGACUUGGUAACUAUGUUCUGAAAACAGUGCAUUUAAUAAUUUUUAAAAAUUGAUUUUCUAAAAUUAAAAUGACCAAAUCAGGCAUAUUGCUGAGCUCAAAUUGAUGCGAAGUGCCAUGGUUCCAGUUGGAAUUCAAGCAUAUUUUCAUUUAGAUAUAAAAAUUGUGAAGUAUGCCUGGUUGAUUAUAAUGAAAACCCAUGACAUAGUUAGCCAAAUAAUAUGUUUGGUUCAAAUAAAACUAGAAGUUUAAUACUGGGCAUUCAUUCUUUUUAAAGAGGAUGAAUGAAGAAAUCGGUUUCCUGCUGUAGUGCUCUAUGGGUAAGUCUUAGUAAAGACUGGAGCGCUGAAGUCAGCUGUGUUGAUUACCUCCUAGGAAGUGGGAGGUUCAGUUUGCCCAUUACCCGCUUGAAACUCACAUCUUUACCCUCCUCUCUCACUGUGGUUUGCCCUUCACCUAUUCCCAGGCCCUCCCAGCAAUUGGAGAGCUGUUUUUUGUUUUGUUUUGUUUUUCUUUUCCCCCAGUCUGCAUUCUUAGGCCUCUCAGCUAUUAGGAACUGUCAGAUACAUACCAGUAGCCAACUUUCCUAGCCUGAAAUUACUGCAUCUGCACUAUGUACCUACUGGGGAUCUGACCUCAAGUGUUUUCUGAGCCCAGGCUUCCUGGUGUGGUGUCUUUUACCACAGAAAAUUAUUUCAAAUUGCAAAUGUUGGUAUUGUGAUUUGAUUCUCUGUACAAAGAAAGAAGUUCUAUGCAGUGAGUUUGUGGUUUAAUGGUCACAAAAAUGUUAGCACUGCUACCACUCAGCACGUGUACAAUUUUUUAAAUUUAUAAAUAUUAAAAUUUUAAACUUACACUAAGACUUUUCAGUUUUUUUUAAAGACCCAGGGAUGAGUGUACUGUUUAAAUAUUUACCUCUAUUAACAUAACUAAUGAAGGUAUAAAGUUGCAUUUAGUUUUUCAGAAGAUGCUGCAAUAUGAUUUAGGAAAUAAGGCUAUGUAUUGAGCCAGUUACAGGCUGAGUAUCAAGUUGAUAAAAUUUUAUUUGUAUUUUUAAAGUUCAUAAGUGGGAGUUAAAAAUGUGUCUUUUCACUAAAUAUUUUUAUUACA